AUGGACAAGAGCCUGGGCACCAUGGCCAGGCCCUUCUGUGUCCACUUUGGGCAGGUUAUUCAGCUUCUAAAGGCUGGGAAGGCUAAGGAAGUGUCCUACAACGCACUGGCCUCGCACAUCAUCUCAGAGGACGGGGACAACCCGGAGGUCGGGGAGGCCCGGGAAGUCUUUGAUUUACCUGUUGUGAAGCCGUCCUGGGUGGUCCUGUCUGUGCAGUGCGGAACGCUCCUGCCAGUCAAUGGAUUUUCUCCAGAGUCCUGCCAGAUCUUUUUUGGAGUCAUAGCCUGCCUGUCUCAGGUGUCACCUGAAGACAGGAGCGCCCUGUGGGCCCUGCUGACCUUCUACGGGGGCGCCUGCCAGCUGAGCCUCAACAAGAGGUGCACACACCUGGUCGUGCCGGAGCCGAAGGGGGAGAAGUACGAGUGUGCCCUGCGGAGAGCAAGUAUCAAAAUCGUGACCCCCGACUGGGUCCUGGAUUGCAUAUCCGAGAAAACCAAAAAGGAUGAAGCGUUUUAUCACCCUCGCCUGAUCGUUUAUGAAGAGGAGGAGGAGGAGGAAGAAGAGGAGGAGGAGGUAGACAAUGAGGAGCACGGCUCCCCGAACGAGGGCAGUACGGAUGACAAGUCGAGCCCUGCCAGUUCUCAGGAAGGGUCCCCUUCAGGGGACCAGCAGUUCUCUCCCAAGUCAAACCCUGAGAAAGCUAAGGGGGAGCUCAUGUUUGACGAUUCCUCAGACUCAUCCCCUGAGAAGCAAGAGAGAAACCUGAACUGGACCCCUGCGGAGGUCCCCCAGGUGGCGGCGGCAAAGCGCAGGCUGCCUGUGGGCAAGGAGCCCGGCCUGAUCAACCUGUGUGCCAAUGUGCCGCCCGUCCCCGGGGGCAUCCUGCCUUCCGACAGCCGUGGGGGCCUGAUGGCCUCGGGACCGAAUCUCCAGAGUUCUGAGAGGUCAGACAUGCUGGCCGCCUGGAACCCCGCCGUGCGGACGCUGAGAAGCAUCCCUGGCAGCGCCGACGGUCAGCAGGUGAGCAGGCCGUCCAGCGUGGCCCACAUCUUACAGUCCCUUUCAGCACCUACAAAACAUAUUGAGCAGCAGGUGAAUCACAGCCAACAGAGCCACGCGAACACCAAUGCAGUGCUCUUCAGCCAAGUGAAAGUGCCUCCGGAACCACAGCUGUCCCAGCAGCCGCCGCAGCAUCCCGUCCUGCACCUGCCACCCCAGCAGAUCAUGCAGCUUCAGCAGCCACCGCAGAUUCCACAGCAGCAGCCACACUCGUUCCCGCAGCCCCAGCCAGUCCCUCCGCACCCGUUCCCACAGCCGCAGCCUCACCGCCCGCAGCAGCUCCAGCCCCUGCAGCAGCAGCAUGCCCUGCAGCACCAGCUGCACCAGCUGCAGCAGCAACAGCUGGCACAGUUACAGCAGCAGCAGCUGCAGCGCCUGCACCACCAGCAGCAGAUGCAGACGCACGCCGCACAACACCUGAGUCAGACGCCGCAGGUGCUGCAGCACCAGGCUUCGCAGCACCAGGCUCCACCCCUGCAGCCUCAGCAGCCACACCUGCCCCAGCAGCCUCACCUGCCCCAGCAGCCACCCCUGCCCCCUCAGCAGCCGCUCUUCGGACACGACCCAGCAGUGGAGAUUCCAGAAGAAGGCUUCUUGCUGGGGUGUGUGUUUGCCAUUGCGGAUUACCCAGAGCAGAUGUCCGAUAAACAGCUGCUGGCCACCUGGAAAAGGAUCAUCCAGGCGCACGGCGGCGCAGUGGACCCCGCGCUCUCCGGCCGCUGCACACACCUGCUCUGCGAGAGCCAGGUCAGCGGGAUGUUCGCACAGGCCCUCAGGGAGCGGAAGCGGUGCGUCACGGCGCACUGGCUCAACACCGUGCUCAAGAGGAAGAAGAUGCUGCCCCCGCGCCGCGCCCUGCACUUCCCCGUGGCCUUCCCUCCCGGGGGCAGGCCCUGCUCCCAGCACAUUAUUUCUGUGACUGGAUUUGUUGACGGUGACAGAGAUGACCUGAAGUUAAUGGCCUACCUGGCAGGGGCCAAAUACACGGGCUACCUGUGCCGCAGCAACACGGUCCUCAUCUGUAAAGAGCCAACGGGUUUAAAGUACGAGAAAGCCAAAGAGUGGAGGAUCCCCUGCGUGAACGCGCAGUGGCUCGGGGACAUUCUGCUGGGGAACUUCGAGGCUCUGCGGCAGGUCCAGUGCAGCCGCUACACGGCGUUCAAUCUGCCCGACCCCUUCGCCCCCAGCCCGCACCUCGUAGUCAACCUGCUGGAUGCGUGGAGAGUCCCGCUGAAGGUGUCGGCUGAGCUGUUGACGGUUGUAAGACCACCCCCCAAACUGAAGCAGAACGAAGUACCGAACGUUCAGCCUUCUUCCAAGAGAGCCAGGAUUGAAGACAUACCGCCUCCCACUAAAAAGUUAGCCCCUGAGCUGGCGCCUUCCGUGCUGUUCACGGGGUUUGAGCCCGUGCAGGUGCAGCAGUAUGUCAAGAAGCUCUACAUUCUCGGGGGCGACAUUGCCGAGUCUGCGCACAAGUGCACGCACCUGAUUGCCAGCAAGGUGACGCGCACGGUCAAGUUCCUGACGGCCGUGUCCGUGGUGAGGCACAUUGUGACUCCCGAGUGGCUGGACGAGAGCCUGAAGUGCCAGAAGUUUAUUGAUGAGCAGAGCUACCUGCUGCGGGACGCGGAGGCGGAGGUGCUCUUCUCGUUCAGCCUGGAGGAGUCCUUGAAGAGGGCGCACGUGUCUCCACUCUUCAAGGCAAAAUAUUUUUACAUCACUCCUGGGAUCUGCCCCAGCCUGUUGACUAUGAAGGCGAUCGUGGAGUGUGCGGGAGGAAAGGUGUUGUCCAGACCCCCGUCCUUCCGGAAGCUCCUGGAACACAAGCAGAAUAAGAGUCUGUCCGAGAUCGUCCUGAUCUCCUGCGAGAACGACCUGCACCUGUGCCGCGAGUACUUUGCCCGAGGCCUCGAUGUUCACAACGCGGAGUUCGUGCUCACGGGGGUGCUCACGCAGACGCUGGACUACGAGUCGUAUAAAUUCCACUGACGCCUCUGCCGUGGUGCCUGGUCCAGAGCGCAGGGUCCUGCAGGCCAGUGUCCUGUCGGCCGCGGCCCGGCCUCUGCUCCCUCCCGAGCCUUCGUUUUCCAGCUGCUGCCGUAGGGACCAGCGUUUUAAAGCAGGAGAACAGUGUCAUUAUACUGCAUCUUUGAAGAUGUGUGAUUUUAUUGAGGAACAUAAAUUAUGUUUGUAUUAAAUGAUUUAAAGAGCCCCAUCAAGGUUUUAGGAUUAGCCUUUGUCAGGUUUUUAAACGUUUCCCACUUGAUGGAGCCUGAGCUACAGGCGAAGGGCUGUAAAUAGGACCUGCUGUCCCUAAAUUAUGGAUUUGAAGAUGCAAAGUGUUUUGUACUUUGUUUUUAUUCCUUCCAUGCUGUCCUUUUAUAUUGAACUCUGCCCACGUUUUCAAUAAAUGUACUUUUGAUCUUAGAACUUA